AUGGUACGCACAAAGAAAGCCACAGCCAGAGGCACAGCUGGUAGAGCCUCCAAACCCAAAGCCCGCAAAGCCGCCGACUACGACUCCGACGCUGGCUCCGUCGAGGAUGGCCCGUCGUCCAAGAAGCAGAAGACCGCUCCGUCCCGGGACAUGCAGAUUGAUGACGAGGGGAAGGAGUACUGGGAGAUCUCAGGAAAACGCCGUCUCCAGAUCAGCGACUACGACGGCAACACCUUCAUUGCGAUCCGCGAGUUCUACGAAAAAGACGGCAAGACGCUGCCGGGGAAGAAGGGUAUCUCGAUGAGCGUGGAGCAGUACGCUGCGGUUGUGGAACUGCUGCCGCAGAUCGAGGGUGUGCUGAAGGGCAGGGGCGUGGAGGUACCGCGGCCGAAGUACGGCGAGGGUGCUGUGCAGGCGCCGAAGGAGGAAGUAGAGGAUGAGGAUGCUGGGGACGGGCAGGAGGAUGAGCGGGAGGAUGGUAUGGACGAUGAGAAGGAAGAUGGGCAUGAGGUUGAAGAGGAUGGGAAUGACGUGGAGGAAAGUAAGAGUGAAGGUCGACUGGACAGGUUCAAGAUGACGAGCAAGGAAGAGAAGGAUGAGUAUGAGGGCGAUGAGGAGUGA